CUGGGGGGGCUGCCGGUGCGGCCGGCCCCCCCAUGGGCCCGUGCGGGGUGGCGUCGGGGGUCUCUGGGGGGCUCGGGCCGGUCCCGGUACCCAUGAACCUCUUCGCCACCUGGGAGAUCGAUCGCUCGGCGCCCAGCUGCGUGCCCAGGCUGUGCAGCCUCCGCCUGAAGAAGCUGACUGUCCUGAGGGAACUGGACAAGGAGCUAAGCUCUGUGCUCAUUGCUGUGAAGAUUCAGGGUUCAAAGAGAGUCCUGAGAUCCAAUGAAUAUGUUCUCCCCCCUGGUGGCCUGAUGGAGACUGACCUGGAAUUAACGUUUUCGUUGCAGUAUCCCCACUUCCUGAAGAGAGAUGGCAACAAACUCCAAAUUAUGCUCCAACGCAGAAAGAGGUACAAGAACCGAACUAUUCUGGGCUACAAGACACUGGCAGUGGGAAUCAUCAACAUGGCUGAGGUAAUGCAGCACCCAACAGAUGGAGGCCAGCUCCUGGGACUACACAGUAACAUCAAGGAUGUGAGCAUCCGGGUAGCUGAAAUCAGUAUCUACUCCCUCUCCAGCCAACCCAUUGACCAUGAAGAUGGAAAUGUCCCCUCUGGUCCCAAAAUCAAAGCCUCUGAUCGCUCUCCAGAUAUUGAUAACUACUCUGAAGAAGAAGAUGACAGCUUUUCCUCUGAGCAGGAAGCUAGUGAUGAUGCAGUGCAAGGCCAGGAUUUAUACGAUGAAGAGGAUGAAGUGAGGAAGCCGAAGAAAGCCCGGCGGAAAAUGAUCAGGACUACAUCUAUGACCAGACAACCAAACUUCAAGCAGAAAUUUGUUGCCUUGCUGAAGAGAUUUAAAGUGACUGAUGAGGUUUUGGAUUCUGAUCCAGUGGAUCAGACUCAAGAAGUGGAGGAAGACUUGGGUCUGCUUUAUGAUAGCCUGGAGGAAUGCAACAACAGUGACAGUGGUCCUGAGAUAGAAGAUAACGAAAGCGUCCACAGCACUCCGAAGCCUACCCUCAGGCGCUUCUUUGAGGGCGUCUCACACUCUGGUUCCCAGACUGAGAUCAGCAGUCUGCACGGCCAGAAAGGGCAAGAGCGAGAGUCGGGCAGCCCUGGAGAAGCGGAGAAGCGGAAGGCGGGUGUUCCCCGCACCCAGGAUGAGGCUGCUAUGGAAACCACGGCGAUGGAAUUGGAAGUGGACGAAUCGUCCCCGGGGACAACUGAGACAUCCCUGAAGGACAGCAGUGUGGACCGGCUGGCCCAGCUGAGCAGCAUCAGCAAGCCUGAGUUCCCAGCCACUGUUUCCCCCAGCAAAGUUGAGAACAAGCCCCUGUGGCGGCCCCGCAGCAUGUCCGUCAAGGACAGGCAGAACUCCAAGGGCCAGGCGGACCGGACCAGCAGCCUGGACAGCGAGAGCUCCCCAGACUCAAGGCAGAGCACUCAGGUGCCCCGCAAGUCUGUGUAUGAUCAGCUGAACCAGAUCCUGAUCUCGGAUGAGCAGCUGCCCGAGAGCAUCAUCCUGGUGAACAUCACCGAGUGGCAAGGCCAGUAUCUUUGUGAUCAGCUCCAGGAACACAAGCAGCCUAUCGUCUCCACUUGCUCCAUGGCGGACGUCCAGGCUGCCUUCAACACUAUUGUCGCUCGCAUCCAGAGAUACUGUAACUGUAAUUCCCACAUGCCUCCUCCAGUGAAAGUGGCCGUGGCGGGGGACCAGAGCUACCUGAGCAUCAUCCUACGCUUCUUCGUGGAGCAGCUGGCAAGCAAGACCCCCGACUGGCUCAACUACCUCCGCUUCCUGGUGGUGCCCUUGGGCUCUCACCCUCUGGCCAAGUACCUUGGUUCUGUGGACAACAGGUACAGCUCCUUGUUUCUGGACAUGGCGUGGAGGGAGCUCUUCAGUAGAGUCGAGCCCCCGAGUUCAGACACUGUGGAUGUCCCUGGCCGGGUUGCCCAGUUCAUUGCGGGUGCCAGCCUGUCCCACCAGCUGCCCAUUUCUGAAGCCAUGCUGACCUACAAGCAGAAGAGGAAAAGAAGCCUCUAUUUUGAUUUUUAUAUCAGCCCAGACGAGGACUCCUGCCAGAAAUUCGUGCCAUUUGUUGGGGUGGUGAAGGUGGGGCUUGUGGAGCAGUCCUUCAGCACCUCAGUUGAUUCUGACGAUGCCACCAUCUGCACCACCUCGCUCCUGGGCUCAUCCUCUCCCUCUGGUGGAGGGGUCCCCUAUACCAAGGAGGCAGUUGGUACCCCACCGCCCUCUCCAUCAGUCAGCAGCGGGCUCUCGGGAGCAGGCUCUCUGAGUCCAGGCGUGGAGGUGAUGGGUCUACAGGUCGAUUACUGGACCGCCCAGGGGCUGGAGAAAAGGAAAGAGGCCGAUAAGCGGGAAACGGGCAUCAAGAAUACCCUGAAAAGCAACUUCCGCUCCCUCCAGGUCAGCCGCAUACCCAGCCCCGGCGAGCUGGCCCCACCCAACACUAUGGCCAUGACUGUGGUCACCAAGGAGAAGAACAAGAAAGUGAUGUUUCUGAGCAAGAAACCAAAAGAGAAGGACUUGGAACCCAAGAGCCAAGUGAUAGAAGGGAUCACACGUCUGAUCUGCACAGCCAAGCACCAAAACACCAUGCUGCGUGUUUGUAUUGAUGGCGUGGAGUGGAACGAUGUGAAGUUUUUUCAGCUGGCUGCGCAGUGGCCGACACACGUCAAGUAUUUCCCGGUCGGCAUCUUUGGCUACACAAAGAAUGUGUGACAAAACGAAACAAAA